AUGGCCCACGCGCUCUCGUGCACGUGGCACCUGCGCCACGCGUUGCGUCGUGCUCUCCAAGUGUUAGCUCUGCCCUCGCUCGAUGCCGCAUCGCUUCCAGCGGCCGCGCUGGGCGUGCGUCGCUCGGCGCAACGGGACGCCGACUACCAGACGAGUCUCGCGUUGCAGUUCGGGCGCCGGUCCCCGCCGGGCGCAGCGCGUGUCGCAGACGCUCCGACUCCCGACGAGCUGGCCACCGCGCUCGUCGCAGUUUUACCUACAGUUGAAGAGCACCCGUCCGCCCCUCUCCUGCAGUCGACCUCGGUGUCUAAGAGCGGGUUUGUGAACUUCGUCCUGGCCGACAAGUGGAUCGCGCGGCAGGCGCUGCACAUGGCUACACGCGGCGUGCAGCCCGCUGAGCUCCCUCACGCCCAGCAAAGGCGCGUGCUCGUGGACUUUGCCGCGCCCAACAUGGGCAAGAAGCUGCACGUGGGGCACCUGCGCUCGGCCGUCCUGGGCGACACGAUCUGCAACCUGCUCGAGCAUCGCGGCCAUCGCGUGGCGCGCGUGAGUCACACGGGCGACGUGGGCGCGGCCCUGGCGACGCUCAUCGUGGAGCUCAUGGAGCAGCGCGUGGAGCUCGCGACGCUGACGGACGCGGCGCUGGGCACGUGCUACGAGGCGGGCAAGCGCAAAGUGGUGAUGGCUACACUGCCUACAGCUAGCGAGCAGGUGGCGGCUGUACAGUUCAAGAGCAAAGUCGACGACGUCGUGCGGCAAUUGCAGCGUCUGGGAACUGGCGACGAGCAGACGAUCGACCCGCGGGUUCGAGAGACGUGGACGCGCGCGUGUCAAGUGAGUCGCGAAGCGCACGUGCGGCUUUUCCACCGCCUGGGCGUGGACGUCCAGGAGCGGGGCGAGGCCACGUACCUGCCGCUCGUGGCGCGCGUUGUAGCCAUGAUGGAGCACAGCGGCCUGGCCGUGUCGUCGCAAGGCGCGCUCGGUGUGUUUCUCGACGGACCGGACAGUCCGCCCAUGCUGCUCCGCAAGAGCGAUGGCGGCUAUUUGUACGCGACCGUGGACCUCGCGUGCCUGUACUCGCGCAUUUACGGAUUCCCAGGCGUGGACGAGACUUUGUACGACGAGAUCGUGUACGUCACGGACCAGAGCCAGCAGCUGCACUUCCAGCACCUGUUUACAGCAGCAAGGAAAGCAGGAUGGACCAGACGACGGAACAAAGACGACGUCAAGUUGACUCACGCGCCGUUUGGUCUCGUGCUGGGCCACGACGGGACGAAGCUGAGCUCGCGGAACGGAGCGUUUGAUUACCUCGAGGAUCUGCUGGAUGGCGCUGCGGUCGAGUGCUCACGUCAAGCACUGGCGUCAGCUACAACAGGAGUUGUCGCAAGCGAGCUCAAUUUGACACAAGAACAGGUCGAUGCCCAAAAUCGUGUCGUCGGCGAUGCGGCAGUGCGCUACUUUGAACUGGCUCAGCAGCGUGAGCGAAACUACAAGUUCAUCAUGAGCAAUGUGCUUAACUUGAAAGGCAACACAGGUGUGUACCUUAUGUAUGCGUCUGCGAGACUUCAGGGUAUUCUCCGCAAAGCUGGCGGCAAGGACCAGAUAUCGUGGGACGCGUAUCUCGGUCUUUCAAGCGAUGUCAUAGCAGCUCAAGACGUGCUGGCGCGUGCGUCAGUUGACUGGCACCCGUCUGAGCGCGCGUUAGCGCUAUUACUUGCUCAGUUCGAUGACGAAGUUGCUGCAGCAUUGGCCCAUCUGUACCCUCACUACUUGUGUGAUUAUCUGUACCGCGUGGCAUGCCAUUUCCAUGGUUUCUACGAGAACUGCCGUGUGCUUCAAGACCCUCGUCAGGAUAGUCGUCUGUUGCUGUGCGCUGCAACCGACGCAGUAUUACGACGCGGUAUGCAACUUGUUGGAGUUGAAGCUGUGGACCGUAUGUGA